GUGAGAGAAAGGAAAAGGGCAAUGCGUCACCGACACCGCCGAAUCCAAUUCCAGCCCGUCGUCUCCGGGCGAACCGGAUUUCUCGCCUCACACACACUCUCCCCCUCUCUUCCCUCGCCGCCGGCAGCGGCGGCGGCGGCCGAGAAGAGCGGCUACCGGCGCUGCUACGCGCGGCGCCUGCCCCCGUUUCGUCUUGCUGGGUUUGCCGGUGUGAUGUUGGUGCUAUCGAUUUAGAGCGGUAUCUGAGUUCCUUUGGAGGAGACCACUGAAGUCCUAUGCUACCUUGCCGAGAUUUUGUACAUAAGACCUUUGUAGGAUGAAAGGUGGUUGUCUACAGAGACCUCUUGUCAGUAAACUAUGCCUCGGCUUCGCGGCUCUCCUCACUGCCCUGAUUGUUAUCAUGUCACUGGAAGAAGCUCCAGUCCUCACAAUCUUCAGCUCAACGCCAGAAAAAUUGAAAGUUUUAUCUCAAGGUUUCCUACAGCAGCAGGAGCAGGAACAUCUUGAAGAUAGUACAGCCAGACAGAACGAAAAUUGCAAUUAUGCAAAGGGAAAAUGGGUGGCAGACAAGAAGCGGCCACUCUAUUCUGGCAAUGAGUGCAAACAGUGGCUAUCGAAAAUGUGGGCUUGUCGAAUGAUGCAACGCGCAGAUUUCUCUUACGAGAAUUUUCGGUGGCAGCCGCAUGGAUGUCAGAUGCCUGAGUUUACGGGGCCUAACAUUUUGAAAAGGUUGAGGCAUAAAACUCUUGCUUUUGUUGGUGAUUCUCUUGGUAGACAGCAAUUUCAGUCCAUGAUGUGUAUAGCUACAGGUGGUAAAUACAGCCCAGAAGUUGAAGAUGUUGGAUGGAAAUAUGGCCUAGUUAAAGCUCCAGGUGCUUUAAGACCUGACGGAUGGGCUUACUGGUUUCCAGGGACUAAUUCCACAAUCCUUUUCUACUGGUCUGCUAGUCUAUCUGAACUGGAACUUCUGAAUACAACAGAUUCAGUGACAUCCUAUGCAUUGCAUCUUGAUCGUCCAGUUACAUUUUUGAAGAAGUAUCUCCACAGUUUUGAUGUGUUAGUACUUAACACAGGUCAUCACUGGAACAGAGGGAAGUUCAAUGGAAAUCACUGGGAACUGUACGCUGAUGGGAAACCUGUAGGCAAAGGUAGACUUGCAGAUCUGAACCGUGCAAAAAAUCUUACAUUGUACAGCAUUGCCAGAUGGGUGGAUUCAGAACUUGUGCGAUAUCCUCAAGUGAAAGCUUUCCUGAGGACAAUAUCACCCAGGCAUUUUGUAAAUGGUGACUGGAAUACUGGGGGAAGCUGUGGCAAUACCGUUCCCUUGUCUAACGGAAGUGAGGUAUUGCAGGAUCAUUCAAGCGACUUACCUGUGGAGAGUGCUGUGAAUGGAACUCGGGUUAAGAUUUUGGAUAUAACUGCUGUUUCACAGCUACGAGAUGAGGGGCAUAUAUCCAAUUCUACUUUCAAAGGUAGAGCUUCAACAGGGAUUAACGAUUGCUUGCACUGGUGCCUUCCUGGUAUACCAGAUAUGUGGAAUGAGCUCCUCUUUGCACAGAUUUAGUGCUGCACUUCAGUGAGGGGAUUUUUUUUUUUACACAAUCCGAAGAGUUCCUUUGGUGUUCUGCACAGAUAGCACAGAUAUGUGGAAUGAGCUCCUCUAUACAGAAGCUGUUUUAGCGUAGCAUUUAAUUAUGGAACUUCUGGCCACCCAUAUGGAAGCAGUCGACAAUUUCAAGAUGAUAGUAUGCACCCAUAAGACUAGAGAUGAUGCUAGUGUAAAGUUCGGUUCAGAUUAUUUAGCCUUUUCUCAAGUCAAGAUAUGGAACUAGAUGCUGCUACAGAGCCUUAUAGAGUAGUCCCCCAGGUACAUCGAUUUUUUGUUUUCUUUUUUUUUUUGAGUAAAAUGCUACCACAGUCCACAGUUUACCAUGUGCAACAUAUAUUUUUUAGAUACACACAUGCAAGUUGACCAAAGUGCUGUAUGCUCUUAUACUUUUAAGGUAGAAUUCUUGUUUUAUGCCUGUAACAACAAUCUCAUUUCAGAUGUUGUAACAUUUGAAAAGUUUCAUGUAAUCAUUGUAGAGUUUAUACAUAGUCCAGAAGAAAUAUAAACAUGGCAUCUGUCCAUUGUGCGAAAAUCUGUGGAUUAUA